AUGGAUUUUUUGCGGGAACUCCCUGAGCAAAUAUUUCGAGACAUCUUAUUAAGAGUGCCAUACAUAUGUCACUCAAAAAUUAAGCAGCUGUUGGAACCUGCCAAAGAAAUGUUGGAAAGUUUUCAGUUUUAUCAGGAUAGAAUUAAGUUUGGGCUGACUAAGAAAUAUAUAUGUUUUCUCGAGGAUCAUAUUAGCAUAUCUAUAUACGAUCCUACUGAUCAAUCACGUAAACUGCUCCCUCCCACAAACGCAAUCGUUUAUAAGAUUAUAAAUGUGAAUCAUAAGAUUGUUGUGCUGUGCCAGUCACGCCAUUUAACUCCAUUGUUUUUGAUAUAUGAUUUUUUACCUAGUAUAUGGAAGCAUGGUGCUGAAUUUCCCACCCCCAGACCUGCAAACCUAGAGUUUGCAUGUUGUGCCUCACCUGAUGGAUCGAUUUACAUUGCGGGAGGAAAUGAUAAUGGUCUCAAUGAACUUCGUGAAGCAGCAGUUUAUAAAGUAGAUGAAGACAAGUGGGAGCUUCUUCCUAAGAUGCACCAGGGAAUGUACAGCUGUAGGGGUGUUUUUAUUGAAGGAAUGUUUUAUGUCAUUGAUAUUAAUAGAUGUCAAAGAUUUGAUCCCACCACAAGAGCAUGGAAAACAAUAAAUAUGUCUAUUCCUAAUUCUUGCCUCGAUGUUAUGUAUGCCUUUCAACGACUAAUUGCAUUUACAAGUAAAGGAAUAGAGCAAUAUGAUUGGGAAGGAAAUUUAUGGAGGCAAUUGGAAACUCUCCCUCAACACCACCCUGUUUUAAAUUUUUGUGCCACAGUGUCGUGUGAUCGAAUUUUAUUUUGUGGAAUUUUUCGUAAUCCUGAUAUCUAUAUUUGUAAACUGUAUAUGUAUAAACCUGGAGCACCUUUCUCUGAGAGGUGGAUUUCUGUUGACCAACCCAAUAGUUUUCUGGAAGCGAUGGUUCAAUCUAUUGCCACCAUUGAAAUUUAA